GGUAGACUGAGAAUGGCUGGCUGGCUACAAACGAAGUGAAUGAGUUGUCAGGUACAUGUAGCCUUUCGGCCAAAAAUCGUCCGUUCUUGGAACAUUCAGGUUGUGCAUUUUGUUUUUUUCCCGUUUCUAUGCGUCGCCGCGAUUACAUCUCUAGCCUCCUCUCUUUGCGUUUGUAGUGAGCAUGCACAGACUUUCUCGGGAUUUGUCCGUUUUCUUUUAUUUACUUCGUUUCUAGGUGAGAUACAUGUAGGGAAGAUAAGGUACUGUCAUUGCUGUUGUCAGUCUUCUACGAUCUUUUCGCAUAGACCACCACGUGGGCCUCGCCUCGGCUCGGUGAGAGGAUAGGUAGGUAGGUAGGAGGUACAUGUAUUUCUAGCACGAGCAUCAGCAAGCAUGGAUAAAUACGAUAAUUAACGAGAAAACGCGUAUUUUUCUUGAUCCUCUUUUCUUUCGUGGUUGGUUGAUUGGCUUGUUGGUACACUACAGCAUACUGGACGUAGUGCCACCUAUGCAUACCCUGUCGCGUCCUGGAGAGUGGAGUACCUCUUACAACUCCCUCACUCACGUAUUGAGUGACCGCGACGCCCUGUUCGGUACAAGGCGCAGAAGGAGGACUGUGAUUGGUGCCGAGAUGCAGCUUCGCCGAGGCCGGUUUCGGCCACCGCAGACAGGGCGCAGCCGGAGUGCGGCCUCAGGAUUGCGGCGAGGAGACAGCCAUUCAAGAUGUCUGCCUCUGCUUAAACCCCGUCCGCCCACCAUACCGCUCCACUCCCUCUACCCACUCCACUCCAUUUUCGAAGCGUCCUCGGACCUUCACACAAAAAGCGCCCGCUUGUCCCUCGACAACCGCCCUGUGAACCACCUCUCCAAGCCCACCACGGCUUCUCACCAGCAAACAUGGCUUCCUACACCAGUGUCUGCACGGCAAUUGCCACCAGCUCCCCACUUCUCGCAAGACUUCACGCUCUUCGACGCCCCGACCCACGAGUCUCCCGCCCGGGCUCCCUCUCUCGAUUCGACGCCGCUUCCUUCGUCUAAUCCUGCUUGUCCACGCGGCCACCAGCCGAACGAAGACUACCACGCUCAAAGGGAUACCCGCUACACCACUCGCUCGGCCACUCGUCCACCUGUACCACUCUUCAACGCACAUCAUUCGACCGGUCAUUUCACCAAGCAACAGACCAUUCAUCCUGAACUAGAUUAUACAUCCGGCACUAUGGGAGGCGGAGAAAUCAACGUCGCUUAUAGCGGCACCUUUGGCGAUCUCCACGCCGGUGGAGACGCUGAUAUGUUUAGCUUUGACAGCUUCAGCGACGAUUUUGAAUUGAUGGGCUCCAGCGCCAACUGCUUCACCGCUGUCAAGCGUGCAGCUCCUUCUGGCACCGUCUCACCAAAAGACCUGUUCGCCGACUCUGUUCCACCAUCUACGACGUUUACCAACCUGACCACUCCUGGAUCUACCUUCCUUGAUACCCCAGAUGACUACCAAACAUCGCCACUGUUUACAGACCAGAUGGUUGAGGACAAGGCCUGGUUCUCGCUCUUCCCGGAAGAGGAUAACGCUGUGAUGGCCCCAUCUAUGGAGCGCACCUCGUCCAACACCAUCCUGGUCCACCCCGGCGGGGAAAGUGCGGCUCGAAAGCGUUCUUCAACAACAACACAAGCAUCACCUACGCCUUGCACACCAGCACCGAAGAUGUCGGCUGUCGCUGGCGUUGCCGCUCGCAAGCGGGAUAAGCCUCUGCCACCGAUUGUGGUCGACGGACACGAUACUGUCGCUCUGAAGCGUGCGAGGAACACGGCGGCAGCUCGCAAGUCACGAGCGAAGAAGGUUCAGGAACGAGAUGAGUUGGAGAGUACAAUUGCUCAGUUGGAAGAGCAAGUUCGAUUCUGGAAGAAGAAGGCCAUGGAUCUUGGUGCCGACGAUGCCGACGAGUAAGGCUUGACUCGGUAUGAUGACGGACGACGAGAUACUUCACACUGCUCUUGCAACAAACACAACCAAUGAGAAGGGGGGCGCUGCCACAUUGCAGACGCUGGUGGGGGGGGGGUGACUUUUUUCUUUUCUGUUCAACUUGAAUGAGCGCAUUGUGUGGCUCCACUUUCUCUUGCGGCGAUUGAAUGCCUCGACCUCUCCACUUUUGGAUGACGGGCGGCGAUUGAAACGUGUUUGCUUUUUCUUUCUAGUCCUUCUGAUGUCUCCUGCUCGAAGCAAUGGUGCUUGGUGGUUGAUUGACUCGGGGCUUGUUUUCUUGGGCGCGUUUCCGACUGAACGAUAGCGAGUGCAAGAAUCAAGAUAGAUUUGAAAAGUUCUGUGCAUCUACA